AUGUUCGCGGAUCGGUUCCGGGCCCCGGGGCGGCCCUCCGGCGCGGAGACGGGUGUUUCCGAAUCACCCGCCAGCAAGAAGCAGUCUACUACCGGAUCCGAUUCGGCGGCCCCCGCUCGCCGAGAUUCCAAGGCUUCGGGCAUGCCCAACAUUGUCAGCUCUACCAAGCCACGCUCCCUCGGUGCCACGUCGGGCGUCUCCUUUGCCCGAGUCGUUCUAGCCGCGGUCCAGUACUCGGUAUCCGAUCAGACAUCAAACCCGGACAAGCCCGGCGUUCCUAACGCGUCCGCCACUUCUACCGCCAAUCCCUCCGCUACAGCUGCUGCACGGGCGUCGGCGGGCGCAUCUACGUCCAUGAGAGAAUCUUUCUUUGGCCUCCAUACGAAACCUAGCAUUCGACCUGCAGGCUUCCCGAACAAGGAGGUUGGUGCCAAACUCGUAAACCUCUACUUUCAGCAUGCCAAUCCUCAGAUACCAAUCCUGCACCGCAUAGAGUUUAUGGAAAUCUUUGACCGGGUCUACUCGACAAAGCCCGACGCUCGAGCGCCCCGCGACUUGUACAUGCUCAACAUGGUAUGCGCCAUCGGCUGCGGUGUUAUCGUGGAUGAUGGACCGAAACCCGAUCCCCGGUCAAGUGGAAGUGGCAUGGAUAUCGAUCAAUCGAAAUCAGUUCAGGCCGAGCCCGAAGAGUACCACGCCAGCGCCAUUGUGCACCUCGAGUCGUGUCUUAGCAACAGCGGGAACAGCCUUGAGGUGCUCCAGGCCGUCCUCUUACUAGCCGAUUUUGCCCUCCUCCGACCAGUGCCCCCGGACUAUGGUAGGUACAUCGUUGGUGUCGCCAUGCGCCUCGCUAUCGAUCUCGGGCUCCACUCGGAAGACGGAAGUGACGGAGAUGCUGCAAGUUCGGCCGCGAAGGUGAAGCAGGAGAAGGAUGAGAAUCCCAGGCUUGCUGAGAUGCAACCCAACGAUAAGGGCAAGCGCCUGUAUCAGCGAGAUAUGCGCCGUCGGCUCUGGUGGUGUACGUACGCCUUCGAUCGCCUGGUGAGCGUGUCUGUCGGACGGCCCUUUGGAAUCAGCGAUCAGGUAAUCACUGCCGAGCUCCCUUCCCCGGUCGACGACAAGUACAUCACCAAGGCCGGAAUCUUUGCUCCAGACGCGUCUGAACCGAGCUACAAGACUGUGGGAUUGCACUACCUGAGACUGCGCUUCCUCCAGUCCGAGAUCCUCCAGGUCUUGAUGUACAAGCAGACGCAGCUUGUACGAGCCAGCAGCCAAAAUAUCAACAUCCCGGACAUGCAUAUCCGCCUCCCGUCGCCCUUCCUCGUCAACUUCGACUCGUUUAGGUCCUGGAGAAUUGACAUCGACCGCCGACUCUACGAGUGGCGCAUGUCGGCGCCCUCGCACGAGCAAACCGGCGUUGCUUUCUCCACCGAAUUUCUCGAGCUAAAUUACUGGCAGGCCAUCAUUCUACUUUAUAGGAACAGUUUGAGCGUGCCGCCCAUGUUUGAAGGAGAGUACAACACUUCGAAAGAGGUGGAUAGUCCAGCGGGGUACCCCGCCGAACUAGACGAGGAUGAGGACCGCAUCUACCUCAAGGUUGCCGAAGCGGGCCAAAAGAUCCUGCGCCUCUAUCGCCAACUUCACCUGAAUGGCCUUGUCAGCUACACUUACCUCUCAACUCACCAUCUCUUCAUGGCGGGCAUCGCGUAUCUGUAUGCUAUUUGGCAUUCUCCAAUCGUCAGGAGUCGAUUAACGAUGGAUGAGGUGGACUUUACAAUCCUUGCGGCGAAAUCCGUGUUCACCGACAUGAUUGAUAAAUGUCUCCCGGCAGAAGCUUGCCGGGAUGCCUUUGACCGGACGGCGAAGGCCACGAUCAAGAUGGCCAACCACAGCGGCGGGUUUGGCGGUCAGGGCUCUCGCAAACGUCGGUCCAACGGCCCCUCGCGGGACGGCCCGGGUAUGGAUUGGCGAUCCUCCAGUGACAGCCCUUCCGCUACGAGCAUUUCGGGCCAGACGUCCCGGAAUAAUUUCAGCUUCGAUGUGGACAACCUCUCAUCCCCCGCCCUCUCUGCCGCGGGGAGAUGCCUAUAUCCCCCCCCCUCGGACGUGAGCGGGCCGGGAGCCCAGCAGAGCGCUUCCCCGAUCGACCCGACGCUCCUCUCCACGCCGGGCCUGAACAGGCGCAUGGGCCAACAGCAAGGCGGGUCCGGGUUCCUCAGCCCGCAGCAGCGGCAACAAGGAGGGUUCCAGCCUAGCCUAAAUGAUCAGCCGGAUCUCCAGUCCAUGGAAUUCCUCCAGGCGUUGCAAGGCGGCAUGCCGUCCGGGGAUCUAGGGAGCGUCGACCCGCUGGGUUUCGGGCUGAGCUGGGACGCGGGGAUCAACCAAGACCUAGACGGCCAACAAGUCAAUCUCUUUGAUGGCUUCUUCUUCGGGGGCCAGCAAGGCGGGGGCCUUGGGGGUGGUGGGGGUCAGUGA